CUUUGUGUAUAGUUAACUUGUGCUCUGCCACCCGGACUCCUUCCUAAGGCUUCCUGCUCUGAUGUAGAGUGUGUGCUGGGCACAGAGUGAGCAUCAGCAGACCCCAUGGGCGUGGCUCUGACCAAGUCAGCACAGUGGACAGCAGCUGGAUAUGGGCCCACAGCAUUGGAAGUUACCCCUCUAAAUGAAGCGAUAUUGAAAGAAAUUAUUGAGUUUAUAGAGAAUUUUCUCUAUAACCAUCCCCAAGAGGCAGAGUAUGUUUUUGCAGAACCACUUGAGUGGAAGACAAACUUGGAACCAUCAGCCUUCGGAUCUGGUUACAUCGUCAGCGAAACAGCAGUCGAAUCAAAAGAAGUUGAUAACAAUGGACAGCCUUUGCUUUCUCUGUCUGUACCACACGUCCAAAUUAGGAGCUUUGGACAGCUGUCACAGUUUUUAUUUAUUGCGAAAGACUCAAAGCUGAAGGAAGCACAACUGUGUGUGGAAGCUAACAGAAAUCCUGUAGAAAAAAUCCUGGGGUUGGAUUAUAACACAAUAAAAGAAGAGUCAUCAGCCUUGCGUAUUCUUGAAAAACUCACCAAAGGUGACGAUCCUGAAAAUGAGAUUAAGAGGAAGGUGGCCCACCUGCUUUACCAACUGGAUCUGCACCUACUUAAUAACUCCCUAAAGCAUAUUUCACUAGAAAUACGUUUAAAUCCAGUGACUGUUAAGAAUGACAUUGAGCUGCUCAAGCGUUUCUCAGGCAAAGGAGAACAGACGGUCUUAGAAUUUAUCGAAUAUACCUCAGAUUAUGAAUUUUCAAAUGGGUGCCGGGCCCCGCCUUGGAGACAGAUUCACGGGGAGAUCUGCUAUGUGCUGGUGAAACCACAUGACGCGGACACUCUGUGCCUCACUUGUAGCUCAGAAGGAGUAUUUUUAAAUGGGGGCAAAACAGAUGAUGAAGGAGAAAUUAAUUAUGAGAGAAAGAGUGAAGUUUAUAAAGACCUUGUCACACUUUUAAAAGAUAAAUCUGCAAAGUUUUCAGAAAAUAUGUCAAGACAGGAGUUAAAAUUCAAUGAAGAACACCACAAGGAAGUCAAUCAACUUAGCAAGACAGCUAAGGAGGAAGAAGCAAUUCCUAGUAACAGAUCCACUUCUGGUUCCCACAGGAGUACAUUGGAGAAGAACCAAAUUAAUUUGGUGAAAAGCCACAUGGCCAAACGAUUAGCGCCAAGUUUGAAUUGGAAAGCCACGGUUGACAGCAAAGAUCGUAAGAGCUCAUUCAAAGAGCCCCAAGAAGAAAAACAUGGGCGGCACGAAAAGACAGGAACAUCUUUUUCACACGGACGAGCCCAGUUAAUUCGUAAAAGCGUUGAGAAGAUUGAGGACAUUAUCAGCGACAGCUCCUCAGAGAGUGAGGAAGACGAAGAAUCGCCCGAUCACCGUCAGGAAGCAAACGCAGACUUGCCGUCGGAAUAUUGGCAGAUCCAGAAGCUGGUGAAAUAUUUAAAGGGAGGAAACCAAACUGCCACGGUGAUCGCACUGUGCUCCAUGAAGGAUUUCAACUUGGCCCAAGAGACCUGCCAGCUGGCCAUCAGGGACGUUGGAGGCCUUGAAGUUUUAAUAAAUCUGCUUGAUACUGAUGAAGUCAAGUGUAAGAUUGGUUCAUUGAAAAUCCUGAAGGAAAUAAGUCAUAAUUCUCAAAUCAGACGUAGUAUUGUUGACCUUGGGGGCUUACCGAUUAUGGUUAAUAUACUCGAUUCGCCACACAAGAGUCUCAAGUGCUUGGCAGCUGAGACCAUUGCGAACGUUGCCAAGUUCAGAAGAGCCCGCCGGGUGGUGAGGCAGUACGGGGGCAUCACCAAGCUGGUCGCUCUCCUUGACUGUGGGCAGAACUCCUCAGAGCCAGCUCAGUUGAGUCUCUAUGAGACCAGAGAUGUGGAAGUAGCCCGUUGUGGGGCCCUGGCCCUCUGGAGCUGCAGCAAGAGUCACACAAACAAAGAAGCCAUUCGCAAAGCGGGAGGCAUACCUCUGUUGGCUCGGCUGCUGAAGACAUCUCACGAGAACAUGCUGAUUCCGGUGGUGGGCACCUUGCAGGAAUGUGCCUCUGAGGAAAACUACCGAGCUGCCAUCAAAGCAGAGAGAAUCAUCGAGAAUCUGGUCAAGAACCUGAACAGUGAGAACGAGCAGCUGCAGGAGCACUGUGCCAUGGCCAUCUACCAGUGUGCUGAAGACGAGGAAACCCGGGACCUGGUCAGGCUGCACGGAGGCCUUAAACCCCUGGCCAGUCUGCUCAAUAACACUGACAAUAAGGAACGGCUGGCUGCCGUGACAGGAGCGAUAUGGAAAUGUUCCAUCAGCAAAGAGAAUGUAACCAAGUUUCGGGAAUAUAAAGCCAUUGAAACCUUAGUGGGCCUUUUGACUGAUCAGCCAGAAGAAGUGCUUAUAAAUGUGGUUGGCGCACUGGGAGAGUGCUGCCAGGAGUAUGAAAACAGAGUCAUUGUCCGGAAGUGCGGUGGCAUUCAACCACUUGUGAACCUCCUUGUUGGAAUAAACCAGGCUCUUCUUGUCAACGUCACAAAAGCAGUUGGCGCCUGUGCCGUGGAGCCCGAGAGUAUGGCGAUAAUUGACCGCUUGGAUGGAGUUCGCUUGUUGUGGUCCCUUCUGAAAAAUCCUCACCCGGACGUCAAGGCCAGUGCAGCUUGGGCCCUCUGUCCCUGCAUUGAAAAUGCAAAGGUAAAAAGUGUCUGCUAAUCAGUCUGUUUUAGAAGCUCUGACACUGUGUCAAACAUUGUCAACACAGGUCACUAAAUGUUCUUCACUUACUGUGAUCAAAUUUAUCUGGCGGCAUAAACCACCAAUCUUAAUCAAAUAAGUCAUUAAAUAAAUUAUUACCAAUAAAGUAA